CUAUCAUUUACUCUACAGCCUUCCUCAGGAGUAACUCAGAUCCAGGCCCUGGGAGUGGAAAUCAUUGUCACCUUCCAGCUUGUCAUGUGUGUAUUAACCAUAUCACACCAGGAAAACAACUUUGAAGGGUCUGCACACGUGGCCCUUGGAGUAUCUGUGACCCUUGGACAUUUAGUGGCAAUUGGAUUUACUGGGUGCAGCAUGAAUCCUGCUCGAUCCUUGGGGUCAGCUGUCAUUACAACAAACUUCAGCCAACAUUGGAUUUUUUGGGUGGGACCCAUGCUCGGUGGAGUCUUGGCUGUGAUCGUGUACAACUUAUUGUUGAGGGCAAAGAGGAUCAGGUGCAGAGACUGUCUGAAGUCACUGAGCACUGAGCACAAGGGGGAAUUCAACAUGGAGUCAAAACCUUCAACAUAAAACCUGAGAACAGAGCUGCUGCACUGCAAACCAAUUAUGUGGCUAUAACUGCACUGCCCAAUGGCAAUAUCAUAUAUAAACUUUAGCACCUUUUCGUCAUCAUUACAUUGUUAAAAUCAGUCACUUAUGUAAAUAAAUAUCAGAUCUUUGAUGUUCUGUAUUUACACAUCUA